CUUUAAACAGAGGACAACGUGGCAGCCCACCCAACUGAGAAGGCCAAAGGAAUGCAUGCUUCCCUCACUCGUCUAUCUCAUCAAUUUCUUAUAUAUAUAUAUAUAUAUAUAUAUAUAUCUACUCUAUGCCUCUCCAUGAUUUCCAUGGAUGGAUGAAUGGAUACAUCAUGGAUCCAUGAAUGACACCUAAAAAGCCCCCCCUUUUUCUUCUUCUUCCAUCUUCCUCCAGCUCUGCUCUUGCUCCUUUAUCUUCCAGGGCCACCCUCUUUAUCUUAUACACAGAAAUACAUGGAGGCUCAAAUUUUCCCCAGUAAGAAGGGUUCCUGAAUCAAAGAAAGAAAGAAAGAAAGAAAGAAAGAAAGAAAACUUAGAGAAACAGAGUCUCCCCUGGUAAUAUUUUCUCUUUUUCUUUCUGGUUUUUGAUUGAGAAGCAAGUUUCUUCUUUUCUCUGAUAAGGAAGGAGUCUAAGAAGAGAGUUUUUGGAUAUGGAGGGUGACUGUUGUACAUCUUCAGAGUCUGCAAGUAGUAGUUCAACAUCGCGUAAAGGAUCCCAGAGAGAUAAUAAGCCUUACAGAGGAAUAAGGAUGAGGAAGUGGGGUAAGUGGGUAGCUGAGAUCAGGGAACCAAAUAAGAGGUCUAGGAUAUGGCUUGGUUCUUACUCCACUCCCAUGGCUGCUGCUCGAGCCUACGAUACUGCUGUUUUCUAUUUGAGAGGACCAUCGGCUCGUCUCAAUUUCCCUGAGUUCAUAGUUGCAGAGGAUGACCAACUCCAUGACAUGUCAGCGGCAUCAAUAAGGAAGAAAGCAACAGAGGUUGGGGCAAGAGUUGAUGCCCUUGAAACUGGUUUGAUCAGUUCCCAAAUUAACUCUUGCAAGCAAUCAUCCAACAAGAAGCCUGACUUGAACCAGCACCCCAAUCCUGAAAGCUCUGAUGAAGAUUGAGGAGCCCCUUCCCUUCCCCAACCUCCUUUUUUGCAAAUUUUCUUUAUAUUUUUAAUUUUUCUUAUAUGAUCAUGUAUCCAGAUAAUUGGGUAGCUUAGAAAUCAGAAUUCAGAGUAACUGUCAUGGAAGAAAGAAAGAAAGAAAGAAUCAGUUCCAAUACAGAAAAGCAACAGCAAUCCUUUUCCACUCUUUGUAAAAUAAGUCUUUCAAACUAGUUUUAAAGUUUCCUUUUUUUUUUCUUUUUCCUUUUUUUCUUCUGGGUUUUCUUCUCAAGAGUUCCAAAGCGAGGCAGAGUGGAGGAAACAGGGGUGGGUGGCAUCCCUCUGGCUGCUAUUGCUAAUGGGUUCUUCAGUUAAGUGGAGAGAAUUGACAGGAGAGGAGGAAGAGAUGAAGGGAUAAGAUGGACUUAGGUAUUCUUUCUUCUUUCUGGUCGGAGCCGUUGUGGAUGAUGUGCUUGUGGACACCACAGAGAGAGAGAGAGAGAGAGAGAGAGAGAGA